AGGAGAGCUGCAGCGGGGCUGGGUCCUGCCGCUCCCCGGCGGCAUCAGUGCUCCGGGCCCGACGGAGGCUGCCCUCCCUCUCCACGUCUCCUGACCUCGGAAAGCCUCACAUGGCCGCCCACGCCACCCUCCCUCUGUGCUCCCGCUCCUUCUCCCUCUCCUCUCCUUUCGCUUUCGGCCGCGGAAGCAGCAGGAUGGCCCCGCAAGGACUGCGCGCUCCGACGACGUCCGGGCGCUUCUCCACGAAACCGCGACGAAUCCCGCUCCUCCUGCCGCCGAGCCUCCUCGUGCUGCUGCUGGCCGGACAAGCUCUUGGGAAUGAAGGCGGAGCUGCUGGGGCCUGCAAGUGCACUAGGUACAUUGAACAACCCUGGGUGUUAAAAGAGCACCCCCAGAGGAUCCAGACCUGGGAGCCCUGCAUGAGUUUGAUCAAGUUCACACUUCGCCAUCAAAAUAUUUGUUCCUUGCAAGAUGUUGACUGGGUUACUGCAUUGAUGAAGAAAUACCCUGGGAAAAGGAAGGGUGCCGGGAGGCCAGAUGCUGGCAUGGGGCGUCCCACCUCCACCUCCCGAGCCUCGCUAUUAGCUCAGACCCCCACGGCUCCACCGAGGGACACCCCAGACGAGACCACACGUGGAGGGCAGCUGGCUCCAGAGUCAACCACGGGUGCUGCUUGGAUGAGUGGCUCAACUAGGAGCCCCCCGCAGCCUGGCGAUGGACCAGGCAAGGCCAGCCAGUCCCCACAGCAGGCGGAAAGGGGGUCCCCCAAAGCGGCUGUGGUGUCCCUGCUUGCUGUUGCACUCGCCUCGGUGGUGCUUGCCAUUGGUGUGGUGUGCCGGAGGAGGCGCCGGGGCCGGGGAGGAGUGCUGGCAGCCGGCAGGCCUCUUGAAGACCCAGCUGAGGAGAAUUUCUGCCAGCCUUAUCGUGAGGAGACCUGAAGGUGGCAUGCUGUUCCCUGGAAUGACUCCGCCAGAGGAUCCGGCAAGUCUGCCGCAUCACUUCAUUGUGGGAGGGGGCUUGGAAGGACUCUGAGCAGGAGGUCAGAUGUGAAAAAUCUGAAUCUUGUGCUACAUGUGUAUGAAAACAUUUGGGGCUCUGGAAAGGGGGUGCCUGCCCCCCUCCCAACCAAGCCUCCAGAGCUUUGUUGUUUGCCCUUCACCCCCAUGUUCCUCCUUCGAGCCUUAUUUUUGGUACAGCAGAGUAAAUAAUAAGAAUAUUUUUUGUAAAAAAAAAAAAGAAACUGCCGCUGUGAGCCUUAUUUGGCGGGUGCCUCUCCCUGCGCGUGUUCACUUGGAAGCCCAGCGUCUGCUUUCACUUCCCAAAAGGUGAAGUUUGCUUGAUGAUUCAUGUCUGAAAAUGCCAGCCCAGCCCUUGCACCUCCCCGGUGCACAUUCAAGCUCUCACUUCCUGCUAUGAGGUCACGGGGCUUUCCACCCGUUUCCAACAAAGCCUCAAGAGGAAAACGCGAGCAGUUGGUUAGUGUGAAUGGAUGACGGCACCUCACAGCCACAGGGUGGGCCAGCUGCUGUGGCACAGGGUAUCGGGGGCCACCAGGGCAGAAUGAUGUAGCCCCAGCUGUGCACCCCCGCCAUUUCCCACAACCUGUUUCCAUCAAGGGGGAAAGCCAGACUUAAGAAGGCAUUUAAGAGCUGGUCAGAUCUUUGUUGUUAAAUUAGAUUUCUCCCCAGGUGAAAGGGCAGAUGGAUGGCCAGAGGAGAAACUCAGUACACAGGCAGGCGGAAAAAGAAUAAAAACCUGGUUUGAAAUCCCAGGUAACUAGCCAGUACAAUUUGGGUUGGGCUUGCACGUGUGUGCGUGUGUGUCACUUCUGGUUGUUUGGAGAGAUGAGCAGGCUGAACUUUGCCUUCAACCUGCAAUACUACUCAGAUCCCCACAGCGGACUGACCUUUAGCAAAUUGCUAUUUAUAAUUGGGAGUUGCUUUUUUUUACACCAUUAAGAAACUUUGCAACAUGAAAGGGAGAAGCAACUUUUUACUGCAGCUUUUCCACAUUUUCAUUGCCCCCCCGAUUCUCCUCUGGCAUUUUCCUGUGGGUGGGCGUGCAUCGCUGUGGUUGCCAGAAUCCUCAGCAGCAGCAGAAGAACCGGGCGUCGUUGAGAGCGGUGUCAUCCUUGAUGCCCACGGGGGGCUGCACUCGAGUCUGGAGCCCGCAGAUGUAGCCCCUGGGGCAGGGGGCGCUCCACAAGCCCCACUCCCCCCAGCCGUCCUGGUGGACCUGCAGGUCUUCCUUGUCUCUGCACCUCAUCCGGAGGCCGUUGGCUGCCGUGGCGUCGAGACCCCUUCGCCGGAACUCCACCUGCAGCUGGAAGGAGACGAGCGGCCCCUUGGAACACCAUUGGCUCGUGGUCCAUUUGCCCCAGCUUGGGUUGGGAGAAGCAAAGAGAGGAUGAGGUUCAGAGGAGGGCAACGAGGAUGAUGAGGGGACUGGAAACAAAGCCCUGUGAGGAGAGACUGAAAGAACUGGGCAUGUUUGGCCUGGAGAAGAGAAGACUGAGGAGAGAUAUGAUAGCACUCUUCAAGCACAUGAAAGGUUGCCACACAGAGGAGGGCCUGGAUCUCUUCUCGAUCAUCCCAAAGUGCAGGACACGGAAUAAUGGGCUCCAGCUGCAGGAAGCCAGUUUUCGGCUGAACAUCAGGAAAAACCUCCUAACUGUUAGAGUGGUACGACAAUGGACUCAAUUACCUAGGGAGGUGGUGGGCUCUCCAAUGCUGGAGGGCUUCAAGAGGCAGCUGGACAGCCACCUGUAGGAUAUGCUUUGAUUUGGAUUCCUGCAUUGAGCAGGGGGUUGGACUUGAUGGCCUUAUAGACCCCUUCCAACUCUACUAUUCUAUGAACAUCUGCAGGGGCACAAGUUCCUCAUUGCUAAGUUAGGGGGUGCCUGUGAUGUUCCUGUAUUAAUGUAUAUAUGGUAAGUGCUGUUUGUAUAGAAGAUACAUGGUAAGUGGAAUGAAAGAGGAGGGGGGAGUAAAUGAGCAGUAGAAUGCUGGAUGAUUGGCUGAGUGUUUGGAUGGCUGAGAGUAUAAAGGGAAGGAGGACAGUUGAAUCUGGGUGGACGUUGGUGGGUUGUUUGAGAGGUGUUUGGUGGGGUUUUUGAGAGGAGAUUGUGUGGAGAGUUGGUGGAUGUGGGGAGAGUGUGGAGUUCGGAUUAAUACUAAGACAAGUAUCACAGGAAUAGAUGAAACCAUAUGCUUAUGUGCCUUUAUAAAGUAAUCUUGUUAUUUCUAAUAUUUAAUAAACACUAUUUUGGUUUA